CUGUCAUUUUCUCCACAUCAACACGUCUCAUUUCUACUCACUUCUCUCACUCAACUUAUCUCCACUCGGCUGGGCUGGGCUUUGUUUAUUUCUAUUCUUCUAUCUGUCUAUCUAUUUAUCUAUCCGAUCUGGUUCAUUUAGCUUCCAGGCUUUUAAUCACUAUCUAAACACAUUCGCAAAAAUGAAGAGCUUCACCAUUCUGUGUCUGGUUGCUGCUGUUGUGGCCGCUCCGGCCGCCCAGGUAUCUGCACCCGCGGCUACCAAUGGUACCGCGGCUACCAAUGGUACCGCUGCAGGCGACUGCAGUCAGGUCCAGACCAAACUUGAGAAAGGUAUUCAGCAGAACCUCGAUAUCCAGGCUCAGGAACUCAAAGGUGUUCAAUCACUUCAAAGCAUGGUUCAAGGGGGCUCUGUGCAGGCAAGACAAUUCCAAGCGAUGAAGAAAUCAGUCUUGGAUAUCCAGCUACAGGGUGUUACAAUCCGCGAGAACAACCAAAAGCUUGCCGCGCAGAUCAAAAGCCCCGCUUCCGAUGGCCUAGCCACCGUUGCCAGUGCACAAGUCCUUGAGAUAAGCCAGGUCAAGUCACUCAACGGGACAGCUGAGAGCGCAUGCACACUACAAAUGCUGGUCACGGAAGUUCAGGGCGGCACCAAACAGAACCAGAAGAACCUGGCCGCUGCUAAGUCUCAGAAGUGUGCGAAAUAAGGAGAAGCAAUGGAGACUAUUAUUUCACUCCAUCUUGAGAGCCAAUCCCGGCCUAUGUCUAGUGCCCUCAGUGAGAGCUCGCCGAAUGUAGAAGGGGUGAUUCGUCGUCAUUCUCGCAGUCGUCCGAAGGGUUGAUCAAGCUUGUUGGCAACAGUCCUAGUACAAUCUCAACCUUGUGGUUCCGACUUCUUGCAAUCAUGAAUGCUGUCUCAAUAGUUCUCAG